CUGGGUAUCCAAACUAUGGCGGGGGUGGUGGCGGCGUUAUGGGUGGGUAUAACUAUGGUUCUUCACCACUUCGCUAUGGAUCUUCAUCGCAGGCUGCUGCCGCCUCAUCCUCGAAGCCACCGCCAUCGCCGCCUCCGCCGCCCCAAGCUUCAGCUUGGGAUUACUUCAACCUUUUUGAGAGCGACGACAAGUACUAUCCUCAAUAUACUCCGAGCCGGGACUCCAGGGAGCUCAGGGAAGAAGAAGGGAUUCCUGAUUUAGAAGACGAGGACUAUCGACAUGAGGUUGUGAAGGAAGUCCACGGAGAUCAGAAAUUCGUGGACGUGAAUUAUUCUAAACCUACCAUGGAUGAGGAAAAAGUUAAAGCAGUCCAAGCAGCUGCCUCCGCUGCCGCCGUUUCUGGUGGUGGUAAUGCAGAGGCCUCUCUGUAUCAGACCAGACCGAGCGUGUCGACGGAGGGUGAUGGGUUGGAGUACGAAGUACAUGUGGUGGACAAGAAAGUGGUUGACGAUGAGAGAACAGAGGAGCGGAGAAAUGCCGCCAAUAGCGGCCCGAGAGAUCCCUCAGAUGUUGCAAAGGAAAUUGAGGUCCUGUUUGUAAGAGCUUCUGAGUCUGGCACUGAAAUUGCCAAGAUGCUUGAAGUAGGAAAGCUUCGUUAUCAGCGAAAACAUGUUUCUUCGAAGAUGUUGCAUGUAGUUACACCUUCACUAUCUGUAGCAUCUUCACAGCCUUCUACUUCUAAGAGUGCUGAGACCUCGGCCACCGGCAAUGCGGGUCCAGCUUUUCUGGAAUACCAGGAAGAAUUGGCAAUGAGGUCGGGAAACCUUUCUUCUACCUUGCAGAAGUUGUAUCUUUGGGAGAAGAAACUAUAUAAUGAAGUGAAGGCUGAGGAAAAGAUGCGUGUAGUUCAUGAUAGGAAGGUUCGGAAGCUGAAGCGGUUAGAUGAAAGAGGUGCUGAAGCUCAGAAAGUAGAUUCCACUCGAGCUAUGGUCAGGAGUUUGUCCACGAAAAUAAGAAUUGCAAUUCAGGUUGUUGACAAGAUAUCAGUGACAAUUAAUAAAAUAAGAGAUGAAGAGCUGUGGCCUCAAUUGAAUGAAUUGAUUCAAGGAUUAACCAGAAUGUGGAAGUGUAUGCUUGAAUGUCACCGUAGUCAGUGCCAAGCAAUAAGAGAAGCCAGAGGUCUGGGUCCGAUUGGAUUUGGCAAAAAGCUUAGCGAUGCUCAUCUUGAGGCCACAUUACGGCUUGAAUAUGAACUUCUUAAUUGGACUUUCAGAUUUGCUAGUUGGGUAGGUGCCCAGAAGGGUUAUGUUAAUGCGUUGAAUAAGUGGCUUCUGAAGUGUCUUCUCUACGAACCUGAAUUAACAGCUGAUGGACCAGUUCCCUUCUCACCUGGUAGAAUAGGUGCACCUCCUGUAUUUGUGAUCUGUCAUCAGUGGUCACAAUCAUUGAAUGACAUAUCUGAGCAGGAAGUGAUUGAUUCCAUGCGUGUUUUUGCCAUGAGCGUGCUCCAGCUUUGGGAGCACGACAAGCUAGAAAUGCGCCAAAGAAUGAUGGGAAAUAAAGAUUUGGAGAGAAAAGUUCGUAACUUGGAUAGGGAAGAUCAAAAGAUUCAGAAGGAGAUCCAGACGUUGGACAAGAAAAUGGUUCUGGCAUCUGGGGAUGGUAAUGGAAUGCUAGUAGCCGGACAUGUCGUCUAUCAGAGUGACACUAGUAGUAACAGUCUUCAGGGGAGUCUGCAGCGCAUUUUUGAAGCCAUGGAGAAGUUCACAGCUGACUCCAUGAAGGCAUACGAGGGGCUAUUGGAACGUAUAGAAGAAGAAAGUCAUAGUAAAGGACACAGGGAACUCUCAUAAGCAAAAUUAAGCAGUCAUCUUGUUUCCUUGCCUACCUGGUUUCCUUAUCUGCCAACUGGUAGCCGUGCUGGAAAAUUAUUUGAAGCUCUGGAAUCCUAGAGGGCUUCUUGUGGCACAACAUGGAUCAACAGGUUUGAACAUUAUCUUAUGUUGAGUAUUAUCAUCAGUGUUUGUCCUAACCCCAUCGGAGACUGCUACAUCAGGAGAAAAGAUUUCAUUCUAAAACCAUGUUGGAUCGUGGGAUAUUAACAAUCUGCAAGCCUUAUCAAUGGGAUCAUUUCUGUUGCCAAUGUUGAGAUUUUGUCAGAGCAGGAAGCCCAUGACUACAAAGGUAGUGAUUCCUAAUGAUCCGUGGUCUACAACUUGUCCUGAGAUCUUGAGGCUGAUUUCGGCGAAGUGGGGACAGUGUUUGGCCUUUUGAAUUGCAGCUCUAAACGUAUUGAGAUAUUUGCAUCUACAACAAAUAUUGCCUUGAAUCAAAAUCCAUUGACUUUUCCAGCAUGGUUCUUCGGGUCUCGCAAAGGGAGUGUAAGAGAAUUACAGUAAAUGGAUGCACAACCAGGUCAAAAAUCCUCCGAAUUGGCAGACUGCCAGGAGUUCUGUAAGAGGGCGAGCUUCGAAGUAUUAAGUUAGGGGCUAUUAUCGUGACAAAGUCACAGAAAUGCCCGGGAGUUGGAUAUUGUACAAUAAUUUUUUUUUUUUUUUUAUAAAAUUAAAUCUUUCAAAUAUUUGUUAAGUUGUUGUACAGAGAGGAACCUUUUGAUAGGAAUCUGAAAGUAAAUUCAAUAAAAAUUCUCUGCCUUAUCCAGGAACUGGAAUUCAGGUUGAGUCCUGCUA